AGUCACUUUCCCUUUGCUGUUAUUUCUUUUUUUGGUUCUGUAAUUCUGCAGCUAUUUUCUUCCUUCAGUUUUUCUUUGUUCUUAUGCUCCACAUAUGAGUGAUAUCAUUUGCUACUUGUCUUUCUCCACCUGGUUUAUUUCACUGAGCAUAGUUCCCUCUAGCUCCAUCCAUGUUGUUGCAAAUGGUAGGAUUUGUUUUCUUCACAUGGCUGAAUUAUAUUCCAUUGUGCAUACAUUCAUCUGCUGAUGGACAUGUAGGUUGUUUCCAUUUCUUGGGUGUUGUAAAUAGUGCUGCGAUAAACAUAGGGGUGCAUACGUCUUUUUCAUACUGGGCUGCUGUAUUCCUUGAUUAAAUUCCACGGAGCGGUAUUUCUGUGUCAAAUGGUAUUUCUAUUUUGAGCUUUUUGAGGAUCCUCCAUAUUGCUUUCCACAAUGGUUGAACGAUCUUACAUUACCACGACCGUCAUAGGAGUUUCCCCUUUCUCCACAUCCUCGCCAACAUUUGUUGUUGUUUGUGUUUUGGAUGGCGGUGAUCCUUACUGGUGUGAGGUGAUAUCUCAUUGUGCUUUUAGUUUGCAUUUCUCUGAUGGCAAGCGAUGUGGCGCAUCCUUUCAUGUGUAUUUGCCAUCAGAAUUUCUUUGGAGAACUGCCUGUUCAGCUCCCCUGGCCAUUUUUUUAUUGCAAUAUUUGCUUUUUGUUUGUUGAGGUGUGUUAGCUCUUUAUAGAUUUUGGACAUCAACCCUUAAUCGGAUCUGUCAUUUAUGAAUAUAUUCUCCCAUACUGGAGAAUGCCCUUUUGUUCUAUUGGUGGUGCCCUUUACUGUACAGAAGCUUUAAAGCUUGAUAUCGUCCCCUUUGUUCAUUUUUGCUUUUCUUUCCCUUGCCUGGAGAGAUAUAUUCAUUGGAAGUCACUCAUGUAUAUGUCCAAGGGACUUCUGCCUGUCUUUCUCUAAGAGUUUUAUGGUUUCAUGGCUUACAUUCAGGGGUUCGAUCCAUUUUGAAUUUACUUUUGUGUAUGGGGCAAGGCAAUGAUCCAUGUUUCCUCCUUUCUUACAGCCAUGACCUCGGGCUUUGGAGCCGUGACCCAAACCACCAGCUGUGGGAACAAUACAUCAGUGAACGGCAGCACCCUCUCCUCGCCCUUCACAUCCAGGGCGUCAGCAGGCCCCACUGGCAGUGGGGGUUUUGGGAUGAGCAUGGCUGCACCCCACAGCAGCUCCACCUCUGGGGCAUUCGGCGUUGGGUCAGGUCGGAGUGGGAGAACUGGUCUCAAGAACCCUUUCUGGGGAGCGUUGAAACCGAGCUCCCUGGAUGCAGCUGGCCAGAGCACACCCUCUACCUUCCACCUGGCCAGUACACCUCAGGACACGUCUGGGAUUGCAGCCAUCACCUUGGCCUUUGCAGCUAUGACCCUGACCACCAGCAGCGGGACCUGUAGGUCAGUCUUUGGCAGCACCACCUCAUUGCCCUUUACAUCCAGGGUGUCAGCAGGUCCUGCUGGCAUUCGGGGCGUUCGGAUGAGCAUGACUACCCCCCACAGCAGCUCCACCACUGGGACAUUCGGCGUUGGAUCUGUACGUAGUGGGAGAACUGGUCUCAGGAACCCUUUCUGGGGAAAGUUGAAUCCGAACUCCGUGGAUGUGGUUGGCCAGAGCACACACCCUCUAUCUUUCACAUGGCCAGCACACGUCAGGACACCUCUGGGAUUGCAGGGUGCUGUCUCUCUCUGAAGUUGCCUGCACUUUUUCUGUAAGCACUUUAAAUAAAACUUUUCCUCUGCUUCACUGCUGUGUCUCUGCCUUUUGAUUCUUUUUUGCGGUGGAGACAAGGACCAAGGAAAAUAGACAAUGCUACCCCAACAACCCCACCCCAUCUUCAAGGAAUAUCCAGGUCACCCUGACUAGAGAGACUUGUGGCUUACCAAAGGUUCCAGGUCCAGCAAAGCCCUGGGCAGGUGCUGAGGACACCACAGAGGAGAGGCUGCUGCCCAAUGCACCUACCCCAGGGGUGUUCUGACCAAAGGUGGGUGUGGAUGUGCCUAGAAUGGAGAGACUGCAAAGAAGUGGAAACUAGGCCCACAAGCAAAAGGUGUCAAAGCAGGCGGUAAUGAACUGGGGGGAGGUGAGCUUGCAAACGCAUCCCCACAGGAUCCCUUAGCCCACACCACUAUCCAGCUCACCCCUUGGUAAGGAAGCACACGGGUGACUGGGUCCUAACCCCUGUGCUCCAGGUGAGCCUGCCCCCCCACCACUGCAGCAGAGCCCGAGCUGUCCUUUGGCCACCUGAGGAGAACCUUUGCACUCCCUUGGGCACCACAACUCAGCUGAGGGGGACACUGAGUGGACCUCUCUUCUAUCAGGACUAACGUUAUGUCUCCUCCCCGUUUGCCUGCCACCUCUCCUCUACUUCACCGCAGCCCCACCCCACAGUCAGCCCCCAUCCUCCCAGAGGCCCACUCGAACUCGGUCUCCUGCACAUGCUUGCCCUCAUGGAGUCUCCUGCCCAGUGCUGGGCUACCCUCCACAGCAGCUCUCUGGGAAGGUCCUCUCACAUGUAACUGUAUCUGUCUAGGCCUGAGGUGGGGAGGGUGCCACCCGAGGUGCUGACCUUGCAAUGUACUCUUCCCCCACACCCAACCUCAGGGGGUCACACCUUAUCACAACCCGGAACUGCUCUUGCCCCUAGAUCUCGGCUGCGAGCACAGUGCUGUCCCUGCUCCCGUGCCAACCGCACCCACUCUGGAUCGUCUGCCUCAUCAGGGCCUGUAGUCAGCCCCCUGCUCCUCCUGUUCCCUGUGCCAUUUAACCAGGUUGGGUUUACUCUCUAUCCACUGAUUUUAGGUCCACACCUCAAGACUGAAUGUUGCUGGACAGACACAACUGUGCUGACUGGCCUUGCUUCAAAUUCCUAACCACAAUUUCCCAGACUUCAGAACUGCCCGGCACAGCUCUCACACGUCGUUUUCUCCCCCUCUCCAAAAUGACUACUGAGAGAGGCCCUCCUUGGUACACAACUCCCUCUAACCCGCGCCAAGGAGCACUUAUAUUCAUUCAGUGAGGAAAACGGAAUCUACCAGGGCCCAAACUACUUAUCAUGCAUCUUCCACAUGGCAAAUAAAAUCACUUCCUUCUGCCUGAAAUUCUAUAGUGACUUCCAUUAGUAUUUUAACAAAAACAUUUUAAAAGGCCAUGAAAGAUCUUCCUUUCUGCUGUCUCUUAAUGUCAAUUUAUCCCACUUUCCUUUUUAAACCUCUGGCCACAGCUGGCUCUUCUCUGCUCAUGAAAACAUUAGGCUUGUGUCUGCCUUUGGGCCUUUGCUCCUGUGCCUGCAAGGUCCUCACCCCCAGCCGCUGUCCCUGCUCCCAACUCUGGAACUAUCGCCAUGGCCUCCGUUUUCUGUUGUCUCAGAAAGGCUGCCACUGACCACCUAAAUAGCUCCUCUGGUCAUGAGUUAUACCGCUUCCUGACACUGUUUACAGAUAAUAUCUGUGAUAACAUCUCUCUCUUCACCACAGCGUACAGCUCCUAGACCGGAGACUGUGUCAGCACUUAAAACAGCACCUGGCACUGCAGACCGAGCUGAUGCAGGCCAUGCUGCUCAUGCUGUUUGACAAGGUCCAGGCACGAGGAGGAAUCCUGAAAACAGGAAACCUCAUAGCUGGCCCCUGCUAAUUCCCGCACUUAUUUUUGCAGUUAUGAUGUUGGUGAUUGGGCUCAUAUAUGGGAAAUCUUAUGUAAUUAAGAUUUAUUCACUUUUAGUAAAUAACAUAACCCAAAAUAUUGAUCAAAGCAGCAAUUCCGGAAAUGAAAGCAGUGUUAUGGGACCAACCGUUCCAGGCGUACUGCCACAAAUAAGUGAGGCAGAACAGCCCAGGCCUCUCUUAAAACUAGAUGCAGUUUGUCCUCCCCUUUGUAACAAUUCAAACAUGACUAACCAGGAUUUCUUUAGAAUAUUGGCAGAGAAGGAGUUAUGGGAACCUAGGCCAUGGAAAAACCCAUUCUCCCAAGAAACUUAUAUGAAACAGCAAAGUAAUAAAGAUUAAUAGUCCCCACUGCCCAGGGCCCCCCUUAUGUUGCUUAUAAUAUUAGAAGACACCUCUGGUAACCCUCUCAUAGGAAGAAUUUAUGAUCAAAAUAAAAUUUAUAUUGACAAAUAUCCCAUAUAUAAAAGUUUAUGAUAAAUUUAUAAAAUAUUAUUAUAUU